UCUUCUUCUCUUGUUCACCAGCUCAUCACAAGUGGGGUGUAAUGGGAGCAGGAGUGAAUGUUGGUUGGGCAUUUGGACGGAUAAGUGCUCCGUUGCUGCUGCUGAUGCUACUUAACUCGGAGGAGGGGAGGAAAUUCUAGAUACGAUGACGACGACGACGAGGUUCACUCAAUUUGCUCGAGAAACCGUUUGAGCCGACUUCAGCAUUAAACGCUUUGUUCAAAUUUUUACUCGCUUGCUUCGACUUUUUCAUGAUGGAUCAAGAGAGCGAGUCUUGUUGUGCGCACGACGCAUUAAUUGUUGUUCCGAGUCGAAAGAUCAUUUAUUGUUCAAAAUCUCAUCGCUUUUCCACCAAACGAUUAGCUCCGCAUGUCGAGAACCCUUCGAUGAUGAGGUGACACUAGCUGGAGUACAAAAUACGACGACUCUGUCACACAUUACACAGGAGGAAUAACACACAAACUGAGGAAUCGGUGAGAGCAGAACACGAAAGAAACCAUUGCCUCGCUCGCUCGCUCUCCGUUCUCCCCAUUUAUUAUCAGCCGAAAGUGUUGCCGGGGUGAGCAGUGUGCUUUUGGACGUGGUCUUCUCCACUUCGCUGCAGCGCGUUCCAUCGCUUUUGCUCAUCAGCAUUGCAACUUCUCCUUGGUCGUGUUCUUCUCGACGUGCAAACAAACAAUAAGUGAUUAUCAACAAAUGAUUUCUAGUUUUUGUGCUUUUCUUUUGUAAGACAGUCAAGUUUCGAAGGGAGGUGUGUGCCCUGAUUUUUGGGGAAGGAAGAAGUACGAACUUGUUGAAGAAGUCGCAGUUUGGCGGGGACAGGUACGGCCAAUAAAGUGACUAAAGGGGACACUCAUUUUUCUGUCUCGUUCCCUCCCUCCCUAAUUGGCCAAGUGUUGCCCAGAUGUGUCCACUUAAUAAAAGAAAAGAGUUCUCGUGACCAUGGCCAAGUUGUGACAAAAGUAAAAGUUUAACGAGGAGGAGAAUGAAAGUACGUGACUUUUGUUCAUGAGUUGUUUGUGUUCUUCUUCUCGGAGCGUAAAACUCCUGUUCUCUCUCCAUCUCACUGCAUCUUCCUCCCAUGGAUGAACUCACGAUGAAGGAAAUCUCUCCCGGAGACCUUUUCUCCCAUCGUCGUAAAGACAAUGGUAGCAUUUCGCCACCACCACGAAUAACGACAAGCCCUUCCAUCCCCACAACUACCAUCAUGACCAAUGGUAACUCUCUCUCCCCCAACAAUGGACCGAUGGACUUGAAGAACAACUUGGCCAUGAUAAUGGAGUCCUAUUCUGAUCCUACCCUCACAACUACGUGGCAUCAGACAGUGCCAGAAUACUCGAAGCCUCUCCAUGUUCCAACCCCGUUCACAAUCAAGGACAUUUUGGGGCUAGCGGAUGAAGAAUCUGCUAACGAAGAAGAAAAUCAAGAAGAUCAAGAUGACGACGACGAGGAGGAGGAGAAAGUUGAGACGACUACGACUACGACGGCGGAAAUGGUAACAAUGAUGGACGAUCCGAUGGCGAUGUCCCCCUCUAUUCCGGCAGCUACGACGCCUAGCCCACAACCAAUGUCCACCAUGCAGUUGGACGAUGAACCCCUUAAUCUCACAGUGGUCAAGAGAGAGCCGUCCCCCUCUUCUGACGAGACCAACAACAACAACAACAAUCGACUCGUGAAUGGUAGUGGACGCCUCUUUAUGAACAGAAACAAAUCUCCCAACAAUGGACCUCUACUUCCAAAUGAUGUAAUUAUCCCGAAAGUUAAGCACCCCACCAAUGCGGGUACCGGCUUAAAAAAUGGGACAAAGUCAAAAGGGUGCGGUGCAAUCAACCUGAAAACGAGCACAAAGCGUAAAGCAAAAGACCGCCGAGGUGGUCCAAGUCCCAAGAUGCUCGCUGUGAGUAUCGACACCACUCACGGGGACGAAGCGGGGACACCAACUCCAACGCACAACACAACUCUGCUUUCUCCCAGCCUCGAGAAUGGAUCGUCAAACGAUAGCAAAAAGAGGAAGAAGGCUCGUACGACUUUCACAGGAAAACAAAUCUACGAGUUGGAGCGACAGUUUGAAAUUAAGAAGUAUUUGUCAAGUACCGAGCGUUCCGAGAUGGCUCGCAUCCUCAACGUCACGGAGGUUCAGGUCAAAAUUUGGUUUCAAAAUCGUAGGACCAAGUGGAAAAAACAGGAUAAUAUUAGCAACGCAGAAGCUGCCGAGCACAAAGUGAUGGCCACUAAGGGCCCUGGAUCAAAGAAGGAUAAAAACAGUCAUAAUCAUAGCAAAGGGACCUCUGGAAAAAAGACUGUUGGUGCUGGGUCAGGUGGUGGUGGCAGACUCCCAGGAACUUCCGAAUGUAGUUUCAGCAUUUCUGGGAGUAUCGACUCUAGCGAUGACCACUCAAACUGCGCGUCUCUUAGCGAACAUGGGAGUGGGAACACGUCCGAAGGGGCAUCCCUAUCAGAAAAUAAGCACCACAACAGCAGCAGUAGCAAACUAACCAUCUCCACCACUAUCGCUGAAGACUUUUCCCUCCUUCAACAAAAACUUCACCACAAUCAGCUCCAACAACCGCUUAUCGUACCUUCUCCCACCAGUGUGUUACUCAGCCACUUAGCCAGCGCUUUGAACCACAAGUCUCCUGAUCCUUCGCUCUCGCCAUUAGCAGCAGCAGCAACAGCAGCAGAAGUUGAAUUACCACGAAGAGGUCGAAGUCCUCCCAUUUCCAUUCCGCAUUAUCUUUUUUCGUCCACUGCACUAUUAGGGGGAAUCCAACCCCCAGUCUCUGUUGUUCCGUCAACUGUCGGCACAGAAAAAGAAGGUGAAGGGGACGAGAAUGAUGAAGAUGAUGAAGGUGAUGUCGAUAAUGAGAAUGUGAGAAUGCCAGAAAUUAUUAUGAAUCAUCAGGGUCAUGACCACGACGACGAAGAUCAGGAGGAGGAGGAACUUGAAGAGAACAUGAUGCAAAUCGUUGAAGAUGAUCCCUCCGACAAUGUCCUCGUAUCCGUAUGUGGUUCUUCUCUGGAGAAAGGUCAUGUUGAUCCAGAGGGAGACUGCAGUGGUAGCGGCGGUGAAUGUCAUCAGGGCGGCGACGACAUGAUCUCUGACGGGGAAGAAGACGUUGAAAUUGCAGCAGCUGCAUCUGUGAACAAAGACUUGGAAAGUGGUAACAAGGCCCCGUUCGGGCCAGUGAGUCAAGCAAGUUGAAGGAAUACACUACACAUCCCACAUUUUUUUAUACAAUAGUUGCAUCCCUACCACUGAUUUUUAUCUAGCAAACGUAUGUAAUACUUAUAAAAAUUUCAAAGUAAUCGUAACAUAAUGUAUUGGUCACCAAAUAUACUUUUGGACAAGUGUGAAGAGGAUAGAUUGAUGUCGGAAUUAAUAAAAAUUCUUUGUGCUCAAAGUUAAAAUAAAA